AACGCCACAAAUUGGUAAUCCGCAACCGUACGCAACACUCAUUUAUCAUUUGAAGAGGAAUCUUCUCUUCGGCGCAGUCGAGGUUUUUGAGUCUAAAAAUCAAACGACUUAGUGUAUAAUAAUGUUAUCGAAGAUAGUGACUAUCACUGGUGUGCUUUUAUUGGCGGAUUGCCUCGAAAUGGACGCCGAUCAUCCACCCCCCUACGUAAAGCAGUGUUACCAAGGUGAUCCCAAAGUCAUAGAAUGCUUCAAAAGCGCAUUAGAGCAUUUAAGACCAUAUUUGGCCGCGGGUAUAACCGAAGUGGAGCUGCCUUCCGUGGAACCUUUCCUAAUGGACGAGUUGACUUUAUCCUUGACGGGCGGACCAAAUGGAUAUCGGAUAUCUUUGAAGGAAAUGAACAUAUUUGGAGCUAGCAACUUUACCAUGUCUCGCCUAAAACUCAGUGAAAAUGAUAGGCCUUUUGAAACAACGAUAAAAAUCCCUUCAUUAAAAAUCAACGCCCGAUAUCAAAGUAGUGGCGUGCUAAUAAUCUUACCUGCCAGUGGCAAUGGGACAUUUGUUGGGCAAUUUGACGAUUUGGUGGCCAUGAUCAAAGGUCGGGCCAGUUUCAAUGACAAAAAUGGUAAAAAAUACCUACAUAUCGAUUCUUUGAAUUUGGAUCUAACAGUUCAAAAAAUGAGGAUGAUGGUGAAAAAUGUUUACAGGAAUAAUAGGAUUUUAACGGAAGCUAUUAACCUGUUCCUGAGAGAAAACGGGCAGGAAGUUUUUAAGAUUAUGUUGCCUCAACUCAAGAAAAAACUGGCCACAUUAUUCAUGAGUAUAUCGAACAAGCUGCUCACGAAUGUACCUUUGGAAGUCUUUUACGUACCUGUAUCCAAACAAGGACUCACUUCCUACAUCGAAAAGUGUCACCAAAACGACACCGACUUCAACAAAUGCCUUCUGAAAGCCGUCCAAACUUUAAAACCGCACCUGCAGGAUGGCAUCCCCGAAUUCAGAUUGCCCAAGAUGAACCCCCUGAUUUUACCCGAGGUGGGUCUGGAUGCAGGGGGUGGUUUUCAAGCGAAAUUCGUCAACGUGGAAAUCUAUGAUGCUGACAAGUUCACGAUCAAAGAUUUCGACAUAGAUCUUGACACGAACAAAAUCAAAUUCGAUAUGGGGUUCGACCACAUCAGGAUUAAAGCGCAGUAUUCUAUCGUUGGGAAAGUGUUAUUUUUUAAUCUCGAUGGAUCGGGACCUGCUGACGGAAAUAUUACGGACGUAAAAGUCAUGGCAACGAUGUUGGGCCGUAGACAGUUCAAACAAGGCAAGCAGUACUUGGUGUUUCCCGAAUUGGAUAUAGAAAGUAUCGAUUUCGGGCAGCCCAAUUUCCACUUCUACAAUCUGUUCAAGAACAACCCAGAGCUGACUGAACAGACUAAUAAAAUCCUCAACGCCAACAUGGAUCAGUUACUGGAAGACCUGCGGCCUACGCUCGAGACCACGAUCGGAAAAACUGUUUUGGAGUUCGUCAGUAGGGUUUUCAAUAGAUUUUCUGUCGAUGAACUGUUUCCGAAAUAAUGUAGGCUGAGUAAUUUUAGAGAAAAAUGCAGUUGAAAGACUUGGUUAAU